AUGGUGCCUUCAGUUUCGACCUUGGCCACCCUGGCCUUCUUCGGCACGUCGGCUGUCGUUGCUCAGAAUACUCCAACUUGUUCACUAACCCAGAAGUGCCCUGAAGAGUCGCCUUGCUGCUCCCAAUAUGGACAAUGCGGUGUCGGUGCGUACUGCCUCGGUGGCUGCGAUCCCCGAAUGUCUUUCUCUCUCGACUCUUGCGUGCCAGCUCCUGUCUGCCAGGAUAAGACAAUGUCCAUGAAGGACACGAGCGGAAUAGUGGAUGUCCAAGAUUAUCUCGGUGACCCCUCCAAGGCCGAUUGGGUAUCUCAGGGUGUCCCUCUGACCUACAACGGCAACGUCAUUCUAACCAUGCCGCCCAACUCGGUCGGAACUGUGCUGGCCUCGACUGUCUAUAUGUGGUACGGAACCGUCAAGGCUAGAAUGAAGACUUCGAAGGAUGCUGGUGUGGUCACUGCCUUCAUCCUCUUGAGUGAUGUUAAAGACGAGAUUGAUUACGAAUGGGUCGGUACCGAGCUCGAUAUCGCCCAGACCAACUACUAUUUCCAAGGCAUUCCGAACUACCACCAUUCCGGCAACAUUACCAGCCUUUCCAAUACCAAUACCGAAUGGCACGAUUACGAGAUCCGCUGGACACCCGAGAAGAUCGAGUGGUAUGUGGAUGGAAAGGUGGGACGUACGCAACUGAAGUCAGACACAUGGAACGAGACAGCAAACCAAUGGAACUUCCCCCAGACCCCGGCACGUGUCCAGUUGUCCAUUUGGCCCGGAGGUGCUGCUUCGAACGGAGAGGGAACCAUCGACUGGGCAGGCGGCCCCAUCGAUUGGGACAGCGACGCCAUCAAGAAGGACAAGUACUACUAUGCCUCAGUCAGCGAGGUCAGCAUCGAAUGCUACAAGACGGACUCGGGAGCCGGCACGAACUCGGGCAAGAGCUAUACGUAUGAUAGCUGGUUGGGCACGAAUAACACCGUUAUCGACGGCGACAAGAACACGAUCCUCAAGUCCCUACUUGGAACAGGCCUCGACAUGGACGCGGAUUAUCCGAGCGCUAGCGGCAGUUCUGCGCAGACCUCGAUGGAGGUCGUACCGGGACUGAGUGGUGGUGGCGUUGGCACGAAUGGCCAGGCCGCUGGUGAGGCCCAUGGUGGGAAUGGUGACAGUGGCAACAAUGGUGGUUCUUCCACGCCUGCGAACGGAGGCUCGUCAGAUUGUAAUAGUGGGUUCUCGCAGGACUGCGGCUCUUCUGGAAAUGGUGAUGACUCGAAUAAGAACCAGGGCGCGAGAACACAGGAACAUGCGCUUGGGGCUAGCGCAUUUGCUGCUCUUGUUGCUGUUGCGGGGAUGCUUUGGUUGUAG